AUGACGAGAACACAUGUGACAAAGUGUACAGACGACACAAGUGGCCCAGGAAAGUCAGAAAACAAGCGGGAGCAGAAGCAGCAGCAACAAACCAGGAGAGAGAAGAAGAUUCAUAAUUCCGCAUUGAAACCAUCCUUCCGGGGCCAGCGAGAGGAGGUGGAGCAGAUGAAGAGCUGCCUCCGGGUGCUGUCCCAGCCCACACCCCCAACUGCUGGUGAAGCUGAGCUAGCCACUGACCAGCAGGAGCGUGAAGGGGCACUAGAGCUGCUGGCAGACCUGUGCGAGAACAUGGAUAAUGCGGCAGAUUUCUGCCAGCUGUCAGGCAUGCACCUGCUGGUGGGCCGAUACCUAGAGGCAGGGGCUGCAGGGCUGCGCUGGAGGGCAGCACAGCUCAUCGGCACAUGCAGUCAGAAUGUUGCAGCCAUUCAGGAACAGGUGUUGGGCUUGGGUGCCCUGCGCAAGCUGCUUCGACUGCUCGACCGGGACUCCUGCGACACGGUACGCGUCAAGGCCCUCUUCGCCAUCUCCUGUCUAGUUCGAGAGCAAGAGGCUGGGUUGCUGCAGUUUCUCCGCCUGGAUGGAUUCUCUGUGCUGAUGCGUGCCAUGCAGCAGCAAGUGCAGAAGCUCAAGGUCAAGUCAGCAUUCCUGCUGCAGAACCUGCUGGUGGGCCACCCAGAGCACAAAGGAACCCUUUGCUCUAUGGGGAUGGUCCAGCAGCUGGUGGCCCUUGUAAGGACAGAACACAGCCCUUUCCAUGAGCACGUGCUUGGAGCCCUGUGCAGUCUCGUGACAGACUUUCCCCAGGGUGUGCGCGAAUGCCGGGAGCCUGAGUUGGGCCUGGAGGAGCUGCUCCGCCACCGCUGCCAGCUGCUGCAGAAGCGUGAGGAGUACCAGGAGGAGCUGGAGUUCUGUGAAAAGCUGUUACAGACCUGUUUUUCCAGCCCUACUGAUGACAGCAUGGAUCGGUGAGACCAGGUGGCUUCUUGCAUUCUCUUCGUGGGAAUCCCAGGCCUCCUGCCUCCCUCCUUCCCAGGCGCCCUCUCCCAAGGGACUGCCAGGCCUUCCUUAUUCAGGCCUGGGCCUGGGCCUGCCAGCCCAUCUCUGGGCAGCCCCCUGGAUGGGGUCCCGAGAAAGGUGCUGGCCCCUUUGAUUCCCCCUCCCUUGCUUUCUGUCAUCCUUUCCUCUCAUGUCCACACUGCUCUUCCAAUAAAAUCAUUUCUCCU